GUAGAACUGAGAAGAACUUGAAAGAAUGUGCAGCAGAAAUUAAGGCAAGGGGUGGAAACCCUGUAAUUGUUCAGAUGGACCAUGGCAAUGACGCAGACGUGGAGAACCUGUUCGCUAAGAUCAAGGCUGAACAGAGUGGGAAGCUGGAUGUACUUGUAAACAAUGCCUACGCCGGUGUAGAUAUGAUCUUUAAGAACACUGGGAAGAAGUUUUAUGAGACUGAUCCUGCUCAAACCUGGGAUUGCAUCAAUGGGGUUGGCCUCAGGGGUCAUUAUAUUUGUACUACCCUGGCUAGUAGGAUUAUGGUUGAGAGACAAGAGGGGCUUAUUGUCAAUGUUUCCUCCAUCGGAGGCCUCAGGUAUCUUUUCAACGUGGCAUAUGGCAUUGGAAAGGCCGGAUGUGACCGUAUGGCCGCCGAUUGUGCCAUGGAAUUGAAAAAGAAAAAUGUGACGAUGGUCUCCUUAUGGCCUGGGCCUGUUCAGACAGAGUACAUAACUGAGAAUGUGAUGGAGGAUAAAGAUAGUAAAAACCCCAUGAAGAAAGCGUUUGAGGAAGGCGAGAGUAUUGAGUUUUCCGGGAAAGCAAUUGCUAAUCUUGCCGCUGAUCCCGAUGUUAUAAAGAAGACUGGUCGUAUUCUUCAGACUGUUGAUUUGGCUCACGAGUACGGGUUCAAGGACACUGACAAUGGAAUGCCAAUGGAUUUCAGGCUUGUUAAGAAUCUACUUCGACACGCCGGCUAUACUGGUUUAGCAGCUUGGGUCCCAGAGUUCUUUAAGGUCCCCCUCCUGUUUGUGCAUUAUGGAUCUUACAAGUUCUAAGAGAAGGGGUGACAGCACCAACCAGAGCAGCAUCUAAAUACCUUCUACAAGAGAAGAACUCAAAGAGCAGCAUUUUAUUGUGUGCAGCUUUUGUGUUGAAAUACCGGUUUUUCUCACUUUCCAACAGAGCUGGUGAUGGUUCUUCAUAAUUCUUCUUUAAUUUCAUCUUCAAAAUAAAUAUUCCCAUCUAUAUGCA